CUCAUAAGUGGAUACUGCUCGUUGUUACUCUUUCAGACAUAAAGUGCCUUUACCACAACGCGGCAAGCAGAAGCCGAAAUCAGCCAAACCAGCCAAGGCAGGAAAGCGCAGAGUGGGCGAGGUAGGAAACUCACUACCGCAACGUGUACACAUUCUACCGGUUCGAGACCGAGUGGGUGUCUUUGAUACUCGCUACAUAAAUCGAAGCACAUAAACUCGUCAAAUCAGUCAUCAGCGUAACUUGGAAGCAGCGUUAUCUCGUCUUCAGACCCACUUAAAAAUCCCGUAUCCUCAUCAUGGCAACGAAUGGAAGGUCAUCGCACAGACCGCGAUUUCUUCACGCUCUAUUGAUAGCGGUUAUCUGCGUGAGCGUGUUUUACGUUAGUGAUGGAAACAAAACGACCAGAAAGCGCAGUAGAACCAGAAAUGCGCAUAUCCGAAGGUAUUGCAGGGUCAUGUCUUGGUUCGACAAGCGACAGCGAAGCAUUUGCAUGAGAUCGCCAGAUAUGAUAAAAAUAGUCGAGAGAGGUGUACGAAAUGCACUGACGGAGUGCAGAAAAAGGUUCAAAGAUUAUCGCUGGAAUUGCUCGCCCUUAACUUGGAACCAAGUCUUCGAAGAAAGUGGAAUUCUCAAGAGGCGUUCUCGAGAGACGGCGUUCGUGCAAGCCCUUACAUCAGCAAGCGUUAUGGUAGAAGUCGCCAAGGCGUGCGCGACACAGAACUACAAACACUGCGGCUGUGGAAACCGCCCAAAGCAUUCGCGUCGCAAAAUGAACAGGGCAAGCCAAUCGUUCUCCUGGGGUGGCUGCCCGGAUAAUAUGCAAUACGGUACACAUUUCACGAAACGUUUUAUGGACCCAAAGAAGAUUAACAACCACGCUAGAAAGACCAAGAGUCAUAACCAGGAAGUUGGAAGAAAGAUUGUUCGUCAGCUCAAGACGGUAAAAUGCAAGUGUCAUGGCAAAUCAGACCAGUGCACGCACAAAACGUGUUGGCAUGUCGCUCCCGACGUUGAAAAAGUCGGCGAACAAAUUUGGCAACUCUACAAAAAUUCGAUCAGGUCGCAGUGGAACAAGACCACGAACGUCCUGUACGAUAAAGACCGCUCGAGGCGGGAAAAAGGCCAGGAAAAAUUGGAUAAAAAGCUCACGUAUUUCGCUCAGUCCGAGAACUUUUGCGUGCAAAACCUCCCGAUGGGCAUCAUGGGAACAUACGGCCGAACAUGCAACAGUACGUCGCUAGGCAACGACGGUUGUGACACGAUGUGUUGCGGGCGAACCUACAAGAGGACUAUGGUUACCAAGACGGUAAAAUGUAACUGCCAAUUUGUUUGGUGCUGCAGAGUAGAUUGUGAGUUAUGCAAUAAGACGGAGGUUUUAGAAACCUGUCUGUAAAUGAUGGACAUCAGUGGAUAUUUAUUGACUCGGCAUUAACUUACGGAAAUGAGUGUGAGCAAGGAGUGUUUGUUCUGUUGUACUGCUGCAAAACACUUUGCGAAAUUGGGAAGAUUUUACUACGUUCAUGUCGAGAAGACUUUUUUUAUUCGAGUAAUUAACGAUAUUUAUAGAUUAUCCAUCCAUAAAAGACUGCACUGGGCCCUAAUGCACAACAUCACAUGUUUGAAUCGGUCUAAUUGCGGUUUUCCACAAGAUUUCAACGAAAUUUUUCGCUCGAUUUUCAGUUCAAUUGUGACCGAUGAAGGGAAUCCGCUACGGUUGAAUUCUCACAAAUGAAAAGAAUAUCAGACGACCGAAAAAUUCCGCCCAGUGGAAAACCGCCUUAAGGUCCAAUUGCUUCCCGUAUUUAGCACCCCCCACCACCACCAAUGUUUUAGACAGAGAUUUUAAAUUGAAAUUUAUAAUCUUAUGAGAAUCGAUUUUUUUGGAGUUGCCCAAAGAAAACGUGGUCCCAGCUUUUCAUAUUAAAUACAUUAUUCAAUUCAUCCUAGUGCAGUCAGAGACCUCAUCAUAGACUUACGAUGAAAUCAAAUUGACUUAUUUCAUUUGAACAACAUGAACAACUAUAUGUAUCAAAAUGUCACUAAGCUGUUUCAGCACCUAAUAAUCACCAUCGUUGAAAACAAUUACGGUUUAUCUACUCACAGCCAUGCGGCCAUGAGAAAAAUAUAGUAAGAUUAUGUAAAAAGGCUAUAUCAGCUUAAUAUGUAUGUUUAUAUUAUGCUAAGACUAAGUAUGUUAUUAAAUGUAAUAUUUAUUUAUUAUCAUUAAUUAUAA